AUGGCGAGCGUGAACCAUGUUACCCAAAAAAUGUCUGAGAUGGACAUUGGUCAGGCCCCUACAAAACCCGGCUUUACUCGGGUAUCCCGGACAGACUUGAACACUUUUGGGUCAAGCGUUAGAGUGGCUCCACGAGUUCCUGCCAAGGUGAAGCCGGCGACCAAGACAGUGAAGCCAAUGGGCUCCUCAAGUUCCCUUACUACAAGCACUCAUUUAAGUGGGAAUCGACCCCCAUUAGCGAAGCUGCAACAGCAGUCUUCCACAGCUUCGCUGCACAAUGGCCCCACAUCCACCAAAAUGCCAGCGCCUUCCGCCUCAUCUCAGUCAGAUGUUGAUAUCGGUAGAUAUGAUGGAGGUUUUGAAAGGGACAAUGAACGAAGGGGGAGUACUGUGUCCGGUGAAGCUUCGGCGAUGCUCAACCUAGACUCUUCAACAAGCCAAUCACAUCCCACCCGCGUGUGGAGGCUAAAUUCCUUCGAAAUUGGUCGUCCGCUCGGGAAAGGCAAGUUCGGACGCGUCUACAUGGUGCGAACGAAGGAGCCUCCGAAAUUCAUUCUCGCCCUGAAGUGUCUGUACAAAUCCGAACUGGUAGAUGGCCGCGUCGAGAAGCAGACACGUCGUGAGAUCGAGAUUCAGAGGAAUCUACGGCAUCCGAACGUCUUGCGUCUUUAUGGGUUUUUCCAUGAUGAGAAGAGGAUUUUCUUGAUGUUGGAAUUCGCGGCAAAGGGAGAACUAUACAAGCAACUCGCGAAAUUUGGGAGUUUCUCAGAAAAGCGGAGCAGUCGGUAUAUUGCUCAGAUGACAGAUGCGUUGCAAUAUCUGCAUAGCAAGCAUGUCAUACACCGCGAUAUCAAACCUGAAAACCUUCUCCUCGGCCUUAAUGGAGAGCUGAAGAUAGGUGACUUCGGUUGGAGUGUUCACGCACCCGGUAAUCGUCGGACAACAUUAUGUGGUACUCUCGAUUACCUACCUCCCGAAAUGGUUGAAGGAAGACCUCACACUGAGAGAGUCGAUUACUGGGCGCUUGGCGUCCUCACUUACGAGUUUCUUGUUGGCAAUGCGCCCUUCGAGGCAGAUGGUGCUUCAGCUACAUAUCGACGGAUUGCCACGGUCGACCUGAAGAUGCCCAGUCGCAUCUCACCGGACGCUUGCGACCUUAUCCAACGUCUGCUGCGUAAAGAGCCCGAGGACCGACUUGCUCUCAGCGAAGUGGCCAAACACCCUUGGAUCAUGCGAUACCGGCGCUCCAGCAGUUCAUUGCAGGGAUGA